UUAGAUCACACUGCAGAUGUACAGUUACAUUCCUGUAUCCUUUGUAAAAAUAAAUUGAAGAGGUUCUCAAAAGAUUCAAGGCAUAGAACUCUUGCAAUAAAAACAAAUUUAGAUAGAAAAACAAUGCAAAACAAAGAAAUGUAGCUCUAAUUAUCUUCAAAAUGUCAAGCAAGCACUAUUCAUUUUAAAAAGCAGUUAGUAAUAGUUUGACAUAGUGAAGAUGACUUAAAUUAAUGAAAUUAUCUAAUUUCUAGUGUCCUUAUCAUCUAGGAUUUCCUUAACAAUAUUCAGCUGGAAUUACUUUAAAAGAAUCUUUUGAACAGGUGGCUACAGCUAUGUUUAAUUAUAUGACAACUGAUUAUGAUAAGGUGGAGAUGAAAUGGUGUCAUGAGAUAGUAGCUAAUGGUGAUGAUCUCCAAGGGUUGUUAUACCAUUUUUUAGAUGAGUUUUUAUUUUUAUUUUCGGCAGAGCCAUGUAUAAUACCACGAGUUGUUGAAAUAACAGAGUUUGAUUUAGAGAAGUUUCAUAUCAAGGCUAAAGGCUAUGGUGAACCAUUUGACAUCCAUAAACAUCCUCAGGGCACAGAGGUCAAGGCCAUUACAUAUUCCGCAAUGCAGAUACUGGAUGAUAAAGACACACAUGAUAUUUUUGUAGUCAUUGACAUCUAGCCUUUUUUUGUAAAUCGCUCAAUUACUUCAUACUUUAAAAACACCCCAUUUUUGAAAAUGUGAAACUUUCGGUUAUUAAUUCUGAUAACAUUACUAUUACUCUCUUAAAAGUAAUUAAAUACAAUUACUUUUUCAUGAU